AGACUAUGGGUGGAUAGUGAGUACCAUUGUGUCAGUGAGAUGUUUAUUAAUGAGAGAGGCGCACACAGAGAGCAGAGCUGCUAUUGACGGACUAAUCGCUAAUCUCUUCGUUAAUACUUCAAUCUGCCUAUGAACCAAGAUACAUCACUGAGAAGCCUCAAGACAGGGACAUGCAAGCUGGUGGUCUGCAGGAAGUACAUUUGGGAAUUUAUUCCAGUUGGAAACUUUUUGAAAGUGAAGUUUGAGUUGGCUUUUCUGUUCAGGCUCGUCUUUUAGGACAAGUAUAUGUGUCUAAUGUUUAUUGCGUCCAAACUGGGAAGUUGUGGAUACAUGUCAGUGAGUAUAGUAUUAAAUUGAGCUUUUCUGUCAAGGAACUUUGAAGUAGUUGGUGGUAACAUUUUCCGUUAGCGUUGAUAGGUAAUUAAACAAAUAUAUUAUAACCAGAGAAUAAGGGAUUUGUAGUCUGCUGCUUAUUCUGUUGCAUUAAGGUUUUCAGUUUUAGCUUUUUGGAGGUUUACUGUGUCGAUAAAAGGAGUAGUGUGUGUCUGUGUGUGUGCUUGUUGGUUGCCUGUCAUGCCCUUGCCUGCGCCUGAUGUCCCGGCCUCUCAGAGGCUGGCACUGGACUGUCGUACCCUUCUGGACCAUCGCAUUGGCAAGGGGGUUUGUGGUUGUUGCGGGGCGCUCAGGCCUCGCUACAAGAGACUGGUCGACAACAUCUUCCCAGAAGACCCAGAGGAUGGUCUGGUGAAGGCCAACAUGGAGAAGCUGACGUUCUACGCCCUGUCAGCUCCAGAGAAGCUGGACCGUAUCGGAGCCUACCUGUCUGAGAGAUUGUCGAGGGAUGUGGCCCGACACAGAUACGGGUAUGUGUGUAUAGCCAUGGAGGCGCUGGACCAGCUGCUGAUGGCGUGCCACUGUCAGAGCAUCAACCUGUUUGUGGAGAGUUUCCUUAAGAUGGUGCGGAAGCUGCUGGAGUCCGACAAGCCCAGCCUGCAGAUCCUAGGAACCAACUCUUUUGUGAAGUUUGCAAACAUAGAAGAGGACACGCCAUCGUACCACCGCAGUUAUGACUUCUUCGUGUCGCGCUUCAGUGAGAUGUGCCACUCGAGCUUUGAGGACCCUGACAUCCGCACCAAGAUCCGCAUGGCAGGGAUCAAGGGCCUGCAGGGUGUGGUGAGGAAGACUGUGAACGAUGAGCUGCAGGCCAACAUCUGGGACCCUCAGCACAUGGACAAGAUCGUCCCCUCUCUGCUCUUCAACCUGCAGAGUGGACAGCGCACGGAGAGCCGCUCCCCCUCUCCGCUGCAGGCGUCGGAGAAGGAGAAGGAGAGCCCGGUGGAGCUGACGGAGCGCUGCUUCAGGGAGCUGCUGGGACGAGCCGCCUAUGGCAACAUCAAGAACGCCGUCACGCCCGUGCUGAUGCACUUGGAUAACCACUCUCUAUGGGAGGGGAAGACCUUUGCAGUGCGUUGCUUCAAAAUCAUAAUGUACUCCAUCCAGUCUCAGCACUCUCACUUGGUCAUCCAGCAGCUUCUCGGUCACCUUGACGCUAACAGCAAGAACUCAGCCACAGUGCGAGCCGGGAUAGUGGAAGUGUUGCUGGAGGCAGCCGCCAUUGCAGCCAGCGGCUCCGUAGGUCCCACAGUGCUGGAGGUGUUCAACACCCUGCUGCGGCAGCUCCGUCUGAGUGUGGACUACGAGCUGACCGGCUCCUAUGACGGCAGCACCAACAUCGGCACCAAGAUUAUCAAAGCUCACGAGGAGAGGCAGCUGCAGGAGGCUGUCAUCAGGACCAUCGGUUCUUUUGCCAACACACUACCGACAUACCAGAGGUCAGAGGUCAUGCUCUUCAUCAUGGGCAAGAUUCCCGUCCCCGGGAUUCACCCAGCUCUCACUUCCAUAGGCUCUGGGCCCGAGGUGACGAGGAUGAUCCAGGUUAUGUUACUGAAGUCCUUGGUCCAGGUGACAGCUGGUUUCCAGACCACCAACAUGCUGACGGCGCUGCCCAGCUCCUUCCUGGAGCCGCUGCUUUCCUUCUCCCUCACCGAGGACCCAGAGCUCCGGCUGCUGGUGCUGCAGAUCCUCCUCAGUCUCAUCGACAGGCACGACAACACAGCAAAGUUCUCCGACAUUAGGUGCAUAAACAAUAUGGUCAUGCUCCUGCUGACAGGAUACAGAGACUCAGGAAACAAUGAUACAGAAUGA